UCACCAGCUUUUAAUAUCCUUUUUGUUUUAAAGGGCACUUAACUCUUGAAUUAAUUCCUGCUGUGUGUGAACUUAACGUUGAGGUAAGUUAACAAGCUAACGUUUUAAUCUCAAUAAAUAAUUUAGGAACUGUUUAACAUUUUCAUUGGUGCACACGUUUUACUUUUCUAUUCAAUUUUCCCAACAGAGGUGGUUUAUUUUUCAAAGAGAGUCUUUUCGUAAUAUAGGAUAAACAGAAUUCGGCAUUUUAUGCCCAGUUAUUCACAUAGAACAAUCAGUUUGACGAUGAAACUAGAACUAACAUAUAAAGGGAAUUGAACUAAAUUUACAAAUCAAUCCAAAAAAGAAAAUUUUCAUUUUAUAUUAAGACGACAAAUUGCAUGUUUUUCUGAUUGAUUAGUAGCCACACUUUAGGUUACUUGUUAUUCAAGACAAUCAAACCCCUAUGACUUAAAGUAAACUUUCUCAAAGAAGGUAAAAGCAGAACCCCAUUGGAUUCAUUAAUGCAACCGCCAGGGUGACAUGUGACUCGGCCGUGCAACAAACUGUUUUCCAGCUUUCUAUGAAAGUUUCGUGAGUAUUGAAGCGGUAUUUCCUCCUUCACAGUGCACAAUGUCCACUUGACUGACACCGGUAUCAAAGGAGCGUAAUUUAAAUAGCUACAUUUAUUCAAAACUUUAGUCUUUGAAAUCUUUUGUUGCUGUUGUUGUUCCUGUACAGGUUUAAGCGAAGCAGGUGAACCAACUAGACCGCAAUGAUCGUCUACUUUGUACUUAUUCACAUCUACGCGGUGCAGUCUUGUGGCAGAUUUCUCUUUACGGGCGAAAGAAACGUCGCCCUGUAUGGCCAUGCCCUCCAAACCAUGACAACACAUCAGCAAGAAUUGUGCCUUAAUAAAUGCUUGGAAAUAUCACAGUGCAUGUCAGUCAACAAGCACGAGAGUGACACUGGGCAGUUUACAUGUCAGCUUAACAAAUCAGGCAAGGAAGCAAGUCCAAACGACUUGAAACCGAAGCCAGGGUUUGUUUAUCUUCAAACAGCAGUAAGUUUAUAGGCAAGGCCUUGUUUGCAAUUUUUGCCUCAUUAGCACCGGCUCAUAAUUCUUUGAACACGCUCUACAAAUAGCGGCUGAAAAACAAAAGUCGGGUGGAAGUAAACGUGAAGAUCUCGACAAAAAUUUGGAUGAUUAACUAACAAAGUACUUUUCGCACAAUUUCGCUUGCGAAACUCGAAAUUUAACUAUUACUGCAUGAAUCAUUAGUGUUAGCCCCUCCAGAAGUUCAAAAUUUUCAGACUGUCAUUCAGUUAAUAUUUUGUGGAAGGGACUUGAAAUUGGGAAGAUAAUUCAUUGGGCAAACUGGUAUGUUAAUGGUCCAACAAUUUAACAAUGACGUCACAAUCAAUUUUCGCAUAUUAUUAUGGAUCUCAGAUCUCCGAGAAUGAAUAGGCCUUUUUCAAAAUACCAUGAUAAUACUCUUUGUUGUUCCUCCAAAAACAUUGUUUUUAGUUUCUCUUGGGGGGAUUGCCGUAAGUCUCAAGAGAAAUUGAAAAAAAAUGCUUAAGCAAAAUUUUGGAGGGACAGCAAAAAGUAUUAUGGUACUUUUGUAAAAGGCUUAAAUCUUUUAUGUUUUCCAUUGUUUUCAGACUCAGGAUGACUGUCCUGUCGAUAUUUGUAUUCAUAAAAGAGGUACUAGUCAUUUGCAACUCCUCUUAACCUGUUAAAUAAUAGUAAUAAUAAUAAUAACAAUAAUAACAAUAAUAAUAAUAAUAAUAAUUUACCCUCGGCAUGCGGUAUGUAUAGUGCAAACGCUUGUGGGCCAGUGCAGACAACUAAAAAAAAAAGAUUGAAACAAAAAUGAAAUAACAGGGUUUAACAUGAUUCCCAACUGACCGAAGGCAAACCAGUUGCCUAUUUGCAAGAGUAUUCGAAGAUUUGAACUUAGGACUACCGAGAACAAACUUUCAGCAAGUGAUGUAGGCGGAACCUUAACUAGGGGCCUUCGGAUUACAGAGACGUCCAGCGCUCUAUCCGCUCGGCCACGCUAAACCACUCAAUUCUGUACAUAUUCAAAGGCAAUGAUUGCACUUACCAACACAUUUAUUUGUUACCAGCUCUUCCUGAUGGAUGGUUUCAAUUUGGCACCAAGGUUUACAAGAAAUUUUCUGAGAAGAGCACCUGGAAACAAGCAAAACAGAUUUGUCAGGCAAACGGAGGAAAUCUAGUGACCAUUCAAAGCGAAAGCGAGAACAAAUUUAUCUUCGAGAUGUUUGUCCAGAACAAAACUAAUACCACUCAAGGUAAACUGGAGAUAGUAUAAUGUAAACAAAAUGGUCUCCUGAAAUGGAGGUGAGCAAUUCAUCGAUAAUACUAAUGGAGAGCCUGCCUUAAUUGCUUUCUUAAUUUCCAAGGACAAACACUGCCGUAAGAGAUCCAGCAUGAGGAGACUAUUCUGCGCAGCAGGCGCUUGAAAGUAAUAUGGGUGCAACAGAGAACGGGACACGGUAAUCGGGCUACGAACUCGCACAACCAAUCAUUUGAGGAGAAAGAAAUGGGACAGUUCGCUAGUACGCGACCCUCUGUGCGGGAGGGUGAUGCUUGACAUCUAAAAUAUAUAAAAAAAAUUGAAUAUUUUUCCACCUUUUGGUAUCGUUUUACACAUUUCUGGCACAAAAAAUGGCGAAAAUGAGGAUUUCUGCUUAAAAAAGCUCAACCUCACGUCACUUAGAAGUCACACUCCAUAACCAUAGCAACCAGUUAUUACAAAAGGACGACAAACCAUGCAACUCUGAUGGAGAUAUAAAGUUUACUUUGCGUCGAGCCUAGACUUGCGCUUCUCCUUACGUAUUUUCAACUCACUUUACAUAACACUAAAACUAAGGAAUUUAGUUUUCAAUAAAAAUACAGUUCUUUUUGAAAACUUGUUGUCUGCAGAUCAGUACAAUGUGAUAGCGCAUUGGAAACUGGACGGAACAGACCAUGAUAUCACGUAAGUCUGAUGAGUGAAUCUUUACGAAAGCUUAUGCUUGAAGCGUCACAUUGCCAAUUACAAGUCGUCAUCCACGAGUAACGCAAAAAAAAAAGGCCACUCGGCCUUUACGAUUCGCUUGGUAAUUCGGAAACAAAAUAAUUCCAUUGCGUUUACUGGGGUGGAGUUGGAGAUUGUUCUUAGCAGACCAUGUAGACACCUCGUCAACAAUGCCUGCGCAUGACUAGUCCCUUUAUUUUCCACUACCUCGUAGACUGUGGUGUCGUCCACGUACUUGAAAAGACCGCUCGAAGUAUCUGCACUAAGAUAGUUAAGCAUAACAAGAAACAGCCAGGGGCCCAAUUUGACCCCUUGAGGAACCCCUGCACGAUCCGAACUCCAUUCGGAGAAGCAGUCUUUUUCUAGCUUGGCUCCUUGCUUCUUGUUGGAAAGAAAGGCUGCAAUCCAAUUUAUGAUGUAAGGAUUAAAAUCAUAUUGCAUGAGCUUGGCCAUCAACAGACUGUGAUGAUCUAUAAGUCGAACGCCUUCCUGCAGUCUAGAUCAAAGGUCCUUACACAGUCCCCAGUUCCAUCGAGAGCACGAGUCCCGUAGAACAUGGAACAUGCUAUUUAAGGCAUUCUUUUAAUUAUUUUAUCUUAUUUUUCGGCAGGGUGGAGGAAGGGGGGAGGGGGCUUAGUUAGAGGGUUGUUGGGGGGCCGCGGUUGAGGGAGAAAUAAAAAAUAAGCCUUUCAUUUCUGUUUUCAUCUUAACAGUCUAGUUAAUGGCGCAGAAUAUGUAAAAGAGGAUGGAAAGAACCACUUAUAUCUCAGUGAAGCAGGAGCGCAUGCCACCACUCCAGCCAGAAAUUUUCGCGACGGAAGCUUUACCAUCGCAAGCUGGGUAAAACUGUCUCAACCCGUGAAUUUACAUUCCCCUAUAUAUUCAGUGUGGCCAUCAAGCGGCGGUCAAUUCUUAUUUACCAUCCAGGAUGGAAGAUUGUUAUUUGCAGCUGUUAAUACGGACGAUUCAUUACAACCUUUACUCCAACCGAGGUAAAUAUUCUACUAGUUGGCUCAAUUUUAAGCAGUGCCCCUUUUUGAGGACUUAUUUUUGGAGGGGCUUAUCUACGGAGGGAAAUUUGCGUUUUAAAAUCGAUUGGGCAAGCCUUAUAGUUGGAAGGAAAUUUGCCGUUUUUGCUUCGUUUUACUUUGUAUUUGAGGGCAAUUUCCAAGUACAAGCCCCCGGGCGGGCUUAUAUUUGGCCGGAGGCGCGAUUUAACGAAGGGUUUUUUUGCGUUACGAGUUUCGGGGGCUUAUACAUGGAAGGGCUUAUUUUCGGAAUUUUACGGUAACUUGCUCGACACAAUGACGAAAGCUGACGUCAUUAUAACAGCAUAUUGUUGAAUUUAUUGGUUGAAUCCAAAUUUCCCUCAUGAGACAUAAAGAAUCAUGAUGCCGUCAUUUACUAAUAAAAAAGGAACUGCAGGCAUCCACCAUUUUGGAUCUGUUAUUUUGAUUUAUUUAACCGUAUUCCGUUUCACUUAAAACCCGUAAAAAUCGAGCUAUUCGUCAUAGAAAACUUGAUCUGAGUGUAAAAGGGUGCUUCGGAAUAAAAAAAACUGCAAAAUAUGAAAUUCCGAGAGAAAUGAAAACUGCUGACAAUUAAUUUAAGCAUCUUGCAUUUGGUCAUAUUAAACUCAUUCUAUUUUCUCAAACUAGUCACUAAAAAGCCUGGAUUUGAUUAACAGUUUAUUCAAUAACUUUGAUAAAAUAAUGCUAAAUUAAGUGUGAUAAUAUUUAGAUUUAGCCAGGGCUAAAAGCGAGGCUCCCAUUAGUAAAUUUAUAAUUUAAAUUAAACAAUAAACUUGUAUUCGAAUUCCACAAUUCAGUUAACUUUAGAGCACAUUUAUGUGACUUUUGAGGGAAAGGCUACCUGAUUUUAGAGAAAAAUAAUUUGCAAACAGCCCAAGAGUGAACCAAAUCUUACAUCGAGUUGAUAGCCUCAUAUGUACACUCAAAAACUGGUAAUCAUCUUUUAUCACAUUUAAGAGCCGUAAUGGCUAUUGAUCACCGUAGAUCAAUUAGGCUUAGAAAAAAAAUCAGGCCAACGUUUUGGCGUUCGACAAGUUUACUUUGCAAAAUCUUGCCAACAAAUCUGGGUGCGUGUAAACCAACCUUUUAUACCAUGGACAGAAAGCAGUAUUUCACAAUACAAAUUGCUCUCAUUCAAUAUUCAUAAACUGUUAAAAAAAAUUUUCCAAAAUCACCUAUACGGCCAUCCGGUUCUCACUUUUGUAGUGCGAGCUGUAGCGAGUGUUUGAAUGAACAUUAACAGAGUUCCGCUCCAAGAUAAUAAAGAAUUUAUCAUGUUUAUUUUUUAUUUGAUGGUUUAACGCGCGGCAUUUUGAGAACUCCUGCAAGCGAUGUUCACUGAACGACUGAAAACAAUCGGCAUAGCGAUUAAAAUUGCAAGAGAGACUACCAACAAUCAAUAAAAGAAAUAUAAUUCGGUGAAACAUAAACAGAGACAACAAUUUUCAUUCAGGAAGACAAGUAUUAAAGUGUCCCUAAAUAUCCUGAGUCUUCAAGCUUCAAGCUUAAGUUUGCUGAAGUUUAUGUUUUAAGUCAGCUUCCCGGUGUUUGUUUUUUCAAAGACGAACUCGAGGCAAGAAAAUCGCUCAGAGCUUUCUUUUCCGGCUAGAAUUAUAACUAAAGAUUCUUUGGAACAUUUUCUUUCUAUUUGCGGUGAGAAACUGUCUAAAGGCUUUUUAAAGUUCUGUAAGAUUAUAUCAAACCAGAUACUCGGUGAGAUCGUUGUCUCAAAACUUACAAACGCGCAUAAACUAAAUUCCCGCAUAAACUACGCUCCACUUCAUUAAAUUAGAUACAAAAAACAAACAUGAAAUACAAUAAUUUCUUUGGCUUACCAUUCGAGAUGCAGCUCCUGAAAGUUAUUAGGUAAAGCCAGUAUCGCUUCAGACUUUGCAAUCCUCUUACGCAUCAAGCAAGGUAAAAACGAAAACGAUGCCAUCCGAAAUCGGAUUUCCGACUUUGACAAGCGACGUUUUCUCAACCAAAAACCCAAUAAACAAACUAGCCAUGAGUAACAGAAGACUCCUGAUAGCAGCUGAAUUUCAUUUUGUACAUCCAGUGGAAAAAGACAGUUAAAAACAUCACAAGUUGACACAAAACUCUGUCAGCUUCAGCUGUUAAAGUAAACAAGAUUCAAGAUGCUGCAUAAAUUUUGCGCAUGAACUCACAUGUCAAAUUUUGACCAAUCAGAGCAUAAAAAUUGGACGUAGAGCGUGACCAACGCGUGACCAUUGUGAGAAAAAACAAAAGCAACUGUCUUCCCUGCCUGUAACAGCUGGCUGAAUUUUCACGUCCGAGGUCAGUUUGCAAUCAAAAUUUUAAUUGUGCAGCACAUAAACACAACAUAUUUCAUAUGAAUUAAGAAAAAAAAUUGAACUUGAGCCUGCGAUCACUUGAAAACUAGUUUACUUGUCAGCGGAUAACUUCAAAAAAUACUUGACCUCGACGGGUCGACACCUGAGCCCGCGAUACGGUCAAGUGAUACUGGUCAGCGGGUACUCUGUUUUGACAGCUGUCAAUUGAUCAAAACAUUGAUGUCCAAUAUGUGUGCAUUAUCAGUUUUCCUGUGCUCCCAAACUAGUAAAAGUAUGAGAUUGAACGUUGUUCGCGAUCUAGUAAAACAGUUAACUGGUCAGCGGACAGCUUCCAAAUAAAUCACGUCACCUCGAUGAGUUGACACAUGAGCCCGCGACAUGGUCAUGGGAUACUGGUCAGUGGCUAUCCUGUUUGGACAGCUGUCAAUUGACCAUAUUGUUAAUGCCCUAUAUUAAAGAUGUGGGCUUGCCAAGACACGCCUGAGACACCCCUCCCUUCCUUUUGAUAGUCUCCCCUACCCCACCCAUACAAUCUGUAGACGCGUACGUACGUACGCUCGGUCAAUCACGUGACAACCAAACGAAAAGAGGUUGACCAUAUUCCAUGGGUAUGGGGCUCUGUCCCACGCGCGCUUCGCGCGCGCUGGAGCCCCGCUAUAAUAAUUCAAUAUAAAAAAUGCAAACUUUGAAAUAUAAGGCUGUAAAACCUUGGUUGCCAUGGUAAAGUCAAUGUUGACGUACACUUCCCGGCGAUAUUAAAAUGUCCCAGAUAAAUUUUAAGAAAGUCGCUAAAUGAAUGGAAGUCGCUGAAUGGUUUUGAAGUUAUUCAACUUUUUAGUAUGGCCCCAGCGGUCAGAAUCUGAAUACGAUUAACCGAUGCAUUUUAUGGCUGAGAAGAAGUCACGAAAAUUUAUAGCUCAGCGACGUAACGUUCUAAAUUAACAAGGCAUGUGAAAGGCGGAAAGGAGUACCAUUGUUUUGUAUAUACAAUUUACACUCAAGGGGUAUCUUUUCUGUCAAAAAUCAAAAAUAAGACAAAAGAGCUUCCCGGUCAUGAAACAGUUGCAAUUCCUAAAAAUAGUGUACAACUAUCCCCCGAAGGAGAGGUAAAUAGUCGUGAUAUAUACCGAGACGCAAAGCGUCGAGGUAUAUAUCUACCGUUCUUCACCGACCCUAAGGGGGAUAGUUGUUUUAGUAUUUACCAAAUCCGUUGGAUAACAAUGAAAAAAGUAACCUCACUUAGUAGGAACUUCGAUUACAAUUUACAAACGUUUCGGUGAUUUUGUCAAGUGUAUUUUUACGAUUUUGUUGCAAAUUCAGCAUGAAUUCAGCAUUUUCUACCUACCAGUAAACACCGACAAGCCAAAGUUCGUCGCUUUCUUGGUUUUUGUUUGCACGAAUACUUCAUCUAUCGCUCACAUUUUGUGUUGCGACAAUGCCUCGAAACGAGACGCCAUCUUGGCUCCGGUCGCAAAACAGUGAAUAGCCAUAGAUAUUCCGAGUUACGGGAGUCAAUCAAAACGCGCGAAAAUUGCUAUUCACUGAUUUGGUAAAUACUGAAAAUGUUAAAUAUCAAAAAUGGUCCAUUAUUUUUGGAAUUCAAUUGAUGCGAAGAAACGUUUUCACUUUUUAAGAUUUCAAAUAGCGUGACCGGUAGCCCCUUUAGAGUUUUCACAGGAAGCGUACAAGCUGCUGUGAAGUUUCCGAUUGUCACAAAAAAGCUUUUUUUCAGCACACCCUCGCCAGUUGAUAGAUGGCACCAUGUAGCUGCAGUGUGGGACCGCACAAGCAACGAAGUUUACCUCUACCUUAACGGUACACGAGUGACAACUCAAGGUGUGCAGGCGCACUGGUAUAUUGUCUUCAACUUAAUAUCUACCCAUGAUAUUGGUCUAAAAGCGGACGACGGAGCAACCUUGAAAGGCUUUCUAAGCGAUCUAAUGGUGUUUGGCGAGGCGCUUAAUGAAGAUAGAAUGAGGAAGAUCUUAGGUAACCUAUAUGAUUGGCUGGGCGUCAAAUGAGAUUGCAUGCUUCGUUCCGGACGCAACUGGGCCGGCUAAUAAGAUGAAAUUUCUUGCAGUUUCUGUUGCCCAAACUUCUACACUAAAUAAGAAUUUUAUUGUAUAAAACUACUACAACACAAGACUAGUGAUAUCCUUUGGUGAAGACAAUUUGACAAUGUAGCAACUCUUACUUAGUUAACAAAAUCGUUGUUCAGCCAAGAUUGGAUUAAAAUCCUGCAACAUGAUUACUGCUAUUUCUAGGCCUAAAGAGUUGAUAAAUGUGAUGACCAUUCAAAUUUUCUAAAGUUGAUGUAUCUAUCCAGAUGUUAUUCAAACAUUUGAGGUAACCUCAUGCACAUGCAGUGUUUUUAUGUUUUGUUUUGUUUUUUUGUUGUUGUUUUUUCUGUAGAUGACUAUAGGACGGACCGCGGUGUCUGGAUCGGAUUGAAUGACACCACAGGAUCGGGAUCAUACAAGUGGGAGGACAAUACGACCCUGGUUUACACUAAAUGGGCAAACGGGGAACCUGAUCGACGUUACAAUAUCCAAGAUUGCGUAACAAGAAAAGAUGACGGUUCUGGUCACUGGGAAGACAUAAACUGCUAUCAUCACCUUCCGUUUAUCUGCCAGAAAAAUGCAUAA